UCUGGAGCAUCCAAUUUUGGUGAGAAAUUCUCCCGGGUCAAGUUCUCCCCAUCGUUGACCCUCUUUGGGGGGAAACCUAUGGAGGGCUGGAUCGCAGUAACCAUCAGCGGGCUGGUCACCGUCUCACUGCUGAAGCCCAACGGACAAGUGCUGACCUCCACGGAGAGCCUCUGUCGCCUGCGCUGCCGAGUGGCCUUGGCUGAUAUUGCUUUCACUGGCGGAGGCAACAUUGUGGUGGCCACGUCAGAUGGCAGCAGUGCCUCUCCAGUCCAGUUCUACAAAGUCUGCGUCAGUGUGGUGAACGAGAAGUGUAAGAUCGACACAGAAAUCCUCCCUUCCUUGUUCAUGCGCUGCACCACAGACCCAGCUCGGAAAGACAAAUAUCCUGCAAUCACCCACUUGAAAUUUCUAGCACGAGACAUGUCUGAGCAGAUGCUGCUCUGUGCCUCCAGUCAGAACAAUAGCAUUGUGGAGUGCUGGUCACUCCGGAAAGAAGGACUGCCGGUUAACAACAUUUUUCAGCAGAUUUCUCCCACAGUUGGGGACAAGCCACCGAUGAUCUUAAAAUGGCGGAUCCUUUCAGCCACUAAUGACCUGGACCGAGUUUCUGCUGUGGCGUUACCCAAACUGCCUAUUUCUUUGACCAGCACCGAUUUGAAGGUAGCAAGUGACACCAAGUUCUACCCAGGUUUAGGCCUGGCGCUUGCUUUCCACGAUGGCAGCGUCCACAUCAUCAACCGCCUCUCCUUGCAAACCAUGGCGGUGUUUUACGGCUCCACCUCACAGCGACCGGUGGAUGACCAGGCCAUCAAACGGCAGAAAACUUCGGGGCCUCUAGUCUACUUCAAAGCGAUGCAGAUGUCUUGGACUUCGCUGGCCUUAGUUGGAGUCGAUAGCCACGGAAAGGUACAUUUAUCUUUAAAAAUAGAUCCCCUCA